AUGAAAGAGAAGGUGACACAAGAAAGGAUCGGCUAUAAGGGUGUUGGUCCUAGUACACAGAAUGCAGCAAAACAGAUGUGGUCCUGCCUAUGGAAACUAAACAUCAAACAGAAACUAAAGACCUUCAUGUGGAAAUGCAUCAAUAAUGCACUCCCAGUCAAGGAAGUAAUCUUUAGUAGGUCUAAGAAAGGAGAUCCCAUCUGUAAAGCAUGUGGUGAAGGGGAAGAGACGGUGGAACAUGUGCUGCUGAACUGCAGACAGGCUAAGCAGGUUUGGCAGAUUGCUCCAAUACAAUGGGGGGGUGCGAAGGACAAACAAGGCUGUUUUAAGGCCUGGUGGACUGAAAUUACAGGAGCCAAAUCGAGGCAGGAUGGUGAAGAACACCUUGCUCUAACAGUUAACAUUUUGUGGCAAGUAUGGAAAAGCAGAAAUGAAUGGGAAUUCAACAACAAACAAAGGCAUGCAAUGGCAACUAUUCAGAAAGCUCAAGAGGAAUGGAUGGAGUUCAGCGAAGCCUACAAACAGCAGGAGCAAGCGAGCACAGCAGAAACAGCUACUUACCAAAUGCAAAGGAUAGAAGCAGAGAAUGCAGAGGUGAUCCAGGUUAAGGUUGCUGCACUGAGCGAACUAAACAGCAAAAAGGUUGGCAUAGGUGUGACUGCUAUGACUGAAGGAAAUGUUAUUGUUGCAGCUUGGGCGAUUCAUGAAAGAAGCUACAAUUGUCCACAAUUGGACGAGGCCGAGGCUAUCAAGAUAGCUAUGAGUAAAUUGGCUGUCAAAGGCUGGAGGAGAGUCAACAUCCAGAGCUGCAACAAACACCUACAUCAGCAAAUUAGUGCAGGGAGUGCAUCAAAUAUCAAGCUGCAUACUCUAGUUGAGGAUAUUCUUAGCUUGAGAGUUUUGUUUCAAAUGUGCUCUUUUGGUGUUUUAUCUAAAAAUGAUAAUCAUGUUAGUACUACAGUUGGGGAGUAUGCCUUAGGCAUCUUACAUGAUGAGGAAUGGAUCAAUCCUCUGUGCUAUUGA